UCGGCAAGCGAAAGGAGCGCAGAGUUUCCACAUUGUAGUACCAUGGACCGCGGCAUCAAGAGGAGCGUCGCGGCAGCGGGCGGCGGCCCGCCACCGCCCAAGGUGUACCGCGUGGAGCCCAGGGACUUCCGGGAGCUCGUGCAGAGGCUCACGGGCGCCGGUACGCCCGCCGCCGCCGCCGCUCCGGGGCCGGCGCACCGGAGGGCGACGCUGAAGCCGGCCAUGGCCGCGGAGAGCAGGCGCGCACAGGCCGCUGCGGCCGUGCCCGUGGCGGCCGGGGCAGAGCAGUUCGACUACGCGGCGUCAUGGUUCUCCGCGCCGCUGCUGAGCCCCGGGUACGGCGCGCCGGGCUUCGGAGGCGGCCACCAGCACCAGGGGAACACUGGCUCUCUGUUUUAGGGCCCUAGGUAGAAACAGAGUCCCUGUAUAGCUCCGUCGUCACUUGUUCGUGCUUCUCUGGCUCUUUUUGUCUUGCGUUUCGGGCAUGACUAUACAUACACAACCUUCUUGCGCCGCGUAUAAAAUUCGACCAAGAAGUUAUACGGGUAGUGUUCAUUUCUGUAUUUUCUGAUAGAACGAUAAAUAAAUCUGUUUUUU